ACAGCAUUAUUUCACAGCGCCUCUUCUCAACUGUCACUUAUUGUUCCGACGGUGUGCUGUUAAUACACGAUCGACUAGAUAAAUUACAUCCGUCUCUCCAGCCUUCAUUACGGCGUGGAUAGCCAUACUCGCUAUCACACCUCCCAUGCGCCCAAUCCUACCCAGUCCGUCACGCACUCUCCUCUCGACAUGGCGGCCACACAGGAUCAGAUCGCUCAAGUGGUCGGAAUAACACAAGCAGACGAGGCAGGAGCUAGGAUUUUGCUUCGGGUGAGACCAUUGAGCAGCCAGAAAAAGAGGAAGCCAUGCUGAGGCCGAGACCGCAGAAAUUCAACAACGACGUCAAUGCGGCUAUAAAUGCGUACUUCGAAGAUCCAGUAGGCUCUCUGAAAGAGCCAGUGAGUCUCCAUGAUAUCCCAGCCAUAGGCGUUGCUCAUGUUCCGAUAGCCACCUGCAAAUCAAUGGCAGGAGCAGGACAAUAUUCCAUAUGCAGAUGACUCUAGUAUGGGAGGUAUGCCCGCUAUGUCACGCCCACCCUCGAGAACAGAUCAUGGUAGAUCGUUCGUGGAUCUAUCGUAUGAUCACGCUGAAGCUUUUGCAUCAGAUGCAAAGACUCUGAGAGAACAAGAAGAAAUGAACGAUCCAGCGAUCCAACGUGCAAUGGCAGAAUCCCUGCAGCAAAACUUACCAGCGCAAGAGAACGGAGUGACCAGCACAGGGGCGCAUUUUGGUCCUGCAAAACGAGAGUACUAUGAGCCCUCCAGCUGGGCUCUCACCACAUUCUCCACGGCGCGUGAGAUCAUCGAUCACCCACCCCCUUCGAAACGGCGCCGCAUCGACGACGAGCCAGCUUUUCUACGCGGUCCAAAGGAAACAGACUACCUUGCUCCAAUGUUGACCAUCUACCACAGCAUACCUCUGGCUCGCGAAGCUAUGCUUAUGCCCAGUCUCAAGAUCCAUGCCUACGGCCAUGAAAACAGCUGGUGGUCAGGGACAACGGAUGAAAACGUCAAGGCCCUGUCGACGGACAGCACUCUGCGCAUCGACCGAGACGAAUGCAAUGUACUUGCAGAGGUCCAGUGUUUGAUGGCCUUCCUCGAUAGAACGAAUCGUGCUUAUGGCAGUGUCGAUGCGCUGGCCGAUCUCCAAAAGGUUCGCAGAAGUAAAGACAGUUCGUCAUUCCUUCGUGUGAUGCAGGCGUGGAGCACAGCAGCACUCCGACAGGACCCGAGCGAACAGUUGACGCAGGUCUUCACCUCUACCGCUGUGAAAGACGAUGGCUCUGGGAACAACCGACAGGAGGAAAACAUGGUAUGCGUGGAGCCAUUCAUCAACCCUGCUCUAGGUCAGACACUAGUAGAUAUUCUCGACACUACCGUCUGGGAUGAUGAGAGGGGAAACAUUGACGACGUCUGGAUUGAUCAUGCUGCUGAGAUCUUUACCAUACGCAUCCGCGAUCCUAAUCCGGGCAAAGCCGGGCUCAACUUAAGCCUGGAUCCUGUAUGGUACCCGGACCGCUAUAUGCAUGAGUGCAGAGAAGCGACCAUGCAAAUAAGAAAGCAAUUGCAACAUCUACGCCGGGACAUCGAGCAGUGUACGGCCAUCCAGCGGCGGUGCGACAUUGCCAAAGUGCCUGAUAACAGGGUCCUGAUGACGCGAGAGGUACUUGACGCAGCUGCUAAAGCUUCAGCUGGAGUGAUUGGGAAAACAUCGAUCUCUCAUGGACUAUAUGAUGGUCAAGGAGCCAUAUCAGAAGAUGCUGUGAGUGCGGCUGAUGUUGAGGAAGUCCGCCAAGAACUGCAAAGUAUCCUUCGGCGCAUCGAGCAGAAGUCGCAACAAUUGGAACAGAGGAAAGCUGGACUACGGCUCACGAUGCGCAAGAUCGCUUCACAGCUGACGCAGCCUACUCCGGAGAGCCCUAAUCUUCCGCGCCGCAAAUAUACCUUGCAGGGCGUGUCGACGAAGACCAACAUCACUUAUGUCCGCCGGCCGAGCCAAGACCUGCUGCAUCUGGAUGACGAGGAGUCUAGCUCCGAGGAUCCAGAGAGUCAGUGGUGGAAAAUGGCAUGGUUGCAAGACGAGGAUGCCAAUGCAGCACCGGUUGCAGGACCUAUCACGCGAGAACAAGCGGAGGCAGGGCAAAACAAUCCUUUGGGUCCUAGUGCCGCGGCUGGUGACGGUUCACGACCAUACACAGUCCUCAAAAUUACCGAGAAGGAGGUUCUUGAAGCUGUGAGAAGCGAACAUCAGUCCGUGCUCCUCGUAUACGCCAAUGAGAACGCAAUGAGGUUCAAAGGAAGUGAACUCAGCCUUCCACUCAGGCGUUUCGUGGAACGCGACAAUCAGGCUUUCUCUGAGGAGUUACGAGAAGAAGAAGGCACACCAAUUGAUCAAUCUGUUGACGUCGAGGCUGAGACGGAGUUCGAGGACGUGCCUUUGAUUGAUCAAACUGGAUCGAGCAGCUCCGUCCGUGAAUUCACCCCGAAGUCGACCUCGAGUCCAGGUGUACGUGAUGAAGACGGACAGCCUUCGCCGAAACGAGCGAAAGAAGGUAACGGCUCCCACUCAGAGUUGCCGCCGUCAUAUGAAGACAGUGUGGGCAAACCCGAGAUGCAGGAGCGGAAGGUAAACAAGAUUGGCUUAUACGCCGAACAGAUGCUUCAGAAGUAUGGGGGCGAUGUUGCUUGGGGAGCUGAAGGAAAAGUCGAUAGAGGAGAAGACCUCAUGCAUAUCGAGCACUCGGGAUAGCAAUUGUCGAAGGGUGGGUUACACAAUUGGCGGGAAUGCCCAUAAUCCGGGUUUCAGCUGCAUUCUCACGGAAAUCCUCUUGCUGUUACACAGCAGACCGUUGAGGGCAGCCGCCGACUUUCCAGAAAUUCCAGGUUGACAGACAAUCUACUACUGAAAGAC